AUGCUAACAAACCUUUUAUUAGAGAAGAAGGUCAUUUCUUUUGCUGGAUAUGCAGCCCAGAUGUAUUUCUGUAUAGCUCUGAUAACUGCUGAAGGUUUUAUUCUGACAGCAAUGUCCUAUGACUGUUUUGUGGUCAUCUGUAAUCCAUUAAUGUAUACAAUUAUCAUGUCCCCAAAAACGUGUGUAUCCUUGGUCAUUGGUAACUGCUUAGAUGGCUUUCUUCAUUCAGCCCUUCAUACAGAUUUCACUUUUUCAUUACCCUUCUGCGGCUCUAAUGAAAUCAGUCAUUUCUUCUGCUGCAUCACCCCUCUGUUGUCACUCUCUAGUUCAGAUACCUCCCUUACCGAACUGCUGCCUUUCAACUUUGUCCUUUUUAUUGAAGUCAUCAUGGUGAUAGCCAUCCUGACCUCUUAUGCUGCCAUUCUCAGCACCAUCCUCAGAAUCAACUGUACCAGAAGCAAGUGCAAGGCUUUCUCCACAUGUGCAGCCCAUUUGGCUGCAAUGAGCAUAUACCAUGGGACAGUACUCUUCAUAUCAGAUAAUCAAGCUGGGGAAUUAGAAAAGGAUCAUGCUCAGAAAUUUGCACCACAUCAGAAGGCAGUGCAGCCUGGGACAUUUCUGGAAGCCAACAUCCUCACUGUAUUGGCUCUAACCUCUGGGGCCAUUCACUAUUUUAUCUGGCCUUACAUUAAUCCAUUUUUGCCUGAGUUUCUGAAGAAUAUUCAGGAACUAAUGAAAUCCCUAUCCUUAUCAAGGCUGCACCAACCACCGGAAACAAAGUACUCUGUGCCAACCUGA